AUUAUAACCCAACCAUUCCUCAAACCUCAUAGUUAAUACAGUAGGACACUUUCUUAUCUAUAAAUGGUGGGCUGGUACCACGAAGCUUCAUACAUUUCGGCAGCAUCACUCGCUUCAACCAUGGUAGCUCGCGACUUUUGAAUGCUGUGCUGCCUCCAGAGGCUGACCUACGUGGUGUCAUGGGGGUUUCAAGGAACCCCCACCCAUUUUUGUUAUCACUAUAUAUCGUAUAAUUAUGCAACGAUGUAGUAUAAUACAAUUAGCUAGCUUAGUUGGCCAGCGAUGCAGACUUGUAACCAGAUCAUGUUGGGUUCGACUCCCAUUGCUGGCUUUUCUUGAUUUCCUAUUACUAACUGUCCUGGCUUUUCUUGAUUUCCUAUUACUAACUGUCCUGCAUCAGCUGUCAUAUUUACUUGGUUCGACUCCUGCUGGUUUUUCUUGAUUUCCUAUUACUAACUGUCCUGCAUCAGCUGUCAUAUUUACUUGGUUCGACUCCUAUUGUUGGCUUUUCUGGUUCGACUCCUGCUGGUUUUUCUUGAUUUCCUAUUACUAACUGUCCUGCAUCAGCUGUCAUAUUUACUUGGUUCGACUCCUGUUGUUGGCUUUUCUUGAUUUCCUAUUACUAAUUGUCCCGAGAAAAUAAUGAAAUUAGUGCAUUAAAUUGUGAAGCCUAUUUCUUAAAAUACUACUUCUAUUUUUAGAAAAGUGAAACGAAUUUCUAUAUUUCACUAUGAAAUGAUGGAGUAAACUUUAUAAAAACUAAACAAUAAAAAAAUAAUGAAUAUAGUGCAUUAAAUUGUGAAGCCUAUUUCUUAAAAUACUACUUCUAUUUUUAGAAAAGUGAAACGAAUUUCUAUAUUUCACUAUGAAAUGAUGGAGUAAACUUUAUAAAAACUAAACAAUAAAAAAAUAAUGAAUAUAAUUUCCAUCUUUCUCCACCGACGCCGCCGCCGCUAAAUCGAUUUGCAGCGCCUCGCAUCGCCGUGUUGCACGAAUUCCAGCUGCCGGCUUCGCCACUGUGGGAAGUAGAAGCCAAUCCCUCUUUCUCCAAUAUCUGCUUGGAGAUUUUGGUUUAUAGAAAUCGUGGCGAUUCAAGUUAUUUUAGGUGGAAUUUUCUUGAAGCAUUUCCGUUUUUAAGCACUGAACAAAGGAAAGGAUAGAUUUUUCAGGCCGGAUUGGAUAAUAGAGAGAGAUGGUGGUUUCUGCAGCGAACGCCUUCGCCAAGGAAAUGAGCAUAAGGAAAAGGAUUGCUGGCAUAUACAAUAAACGAGAAGAUGACUUUUCAUCGUUGCGUGAAUACAAUGACUACUUGGAAGAGGUAGAAGAUAUGAUAAUUAAUUUAGUUGAGGGGAUAAAUGUUCCCGCUAUCGAAGCAAGAAUUUCCGAGUACCAGAGAGAAAACGCUGAGCAGAUCAUGAACGCUCAAGCUCGCAAGGCUGAGGAAUAUGCAUCUGCUUUAGCAGCAAGCAAAGGACAAGUUCAAACAACUGGCAUCGAUGUUUGUCAUUUAUCUCGUUUCACUUCAUCAAUACAGUCCUGCGGCUCCCAAGCAGGCACGAGCAACGUUCCACAGGGGCAAUACGCACCUGCAGUUGCUGGAGGAAUUGCACAGCCUCGGCCGAUGGGCAUACCUAACCCACUUGGGUCAGGUCAUGACAUGAUGGGACUUGAAUACGAAGAUGAAGAAACAAGGAGAAUCCGAGCAGAGAAGGCCGCUAGGGCGGGUGGAUGGAGUUUUGAGAUAAGCAAGAAAAGGGCUCUUGAAGAAGCUUUUGCUAGCAUUUGGGUAUGAUUUUCAUACAUUACAUCUCACAUAACAAUUUUCGCCGAAUUCUUUUUUUUGGUGACGAGGGCUUUCUCGGUGCGUUCGGGAGAUUUGUUAUUUAUUCGACGUAGAUGACCAUGUCGAAUUGAUUUUACACUUUCUACCUCUCUAGUAGUGCAAGUUUUUGAUGGUUCCUCGUUUACCAUGUGGCCAUAGUAACUUGGAACUUCCGACCUAUUAAUUGGAGGGGAAAGUCUUACCAACUAGAUUGUUAAAAUUCUGCUUUAUUAAGUACUACUAUGUCUUAAAUUGAUGCCUUCUUAAUGUUAAUUAUAUUUUUUUUUGUAAUUUAAA